CUACUUCGGUUGGACUUUUUCCAAAGAUUGUAUACCUGUAGCAAGUCAGCACAUGCCUACUUGUGAAAUACAAUAAUAAAUAGCAACAAGCUAUUGCGUUACAAUUGCCGAUCAUACUAAGAAGGAGGCUCUUAAUAUCCUCUAAAUCAUUAUGGCUCUGCGACAGCUUACAGAGGCUCCUAAGGCGGACGAUUACACCCCGCUCCAGCAACAUCAAGAGCAAACACCCAGUACUUUCUUUGGCAGCAAGCCAGUUCUAUAUGCCCAUUAUUCAGGGCUUACUCUAGCCGCGACUAAAGAGAAGCUCCUUCAAACCCAAGCGACCUCGGGCUUCCAGCUUCAAGAAGAGGACGCGGAUGGUAUUUCGCUCGCCAAGGAUGUCGACAUUUGGGUGAACUCAGAAAAUCUCGUUCUUUUCCAGAACUCGCCCACUCCGGCCGGUGUAUCGAUUCCGUAUCCCUCCAUAGCACUUCACGCCACAUUGAAGUGGAAAUCGCAGGUUGACGCACUCUUCAUAAACGUAUCACUCAACGACGCAGAAACUGUCAACGAAGACGAUGACAUUCAAACUCUCGAUCUCUAUGUCUUGCCUCCGAAGUACGACACCGAACCAGAGACCGCAUGCAUCAAGGAGAUUUUCACCGCGAUGAAUACGUGCGCUGAUCUCCACCCCGACCCGGACGAUUCAGACAUGGAACAGGAGUUCGAUGAGACCGCACCAGGAGCGACGGGUUGGAUCACUGCUGAAAAUAUGGAUGAAUAUCUCGAUGAGGAUGGGAACUUCAAGGGACCUGUCCUUGGCGACAAUGACGGUGCUGAAGAGCUUGGUCCAGGAGCAGGGACGGUGAGAGCUAGGGAAGACGAUGAUGAGCAUCCCAAUGGUGUAAAUGGAGACAAUGCCGAUGGUGAGACGAAAUGGCAGCGAACCGGUUGAAAAGAAUUGUCCCAAUUCAUCUUGCAUCUAUUGCCUGAAUAAGUGAGAGCUUCGAAAGUCGAUGCACGAAGCGCGGACUGGUUUAGAUCCUAAGCUCAAAAGUCACUGGAGGCUCCCUCUCUCCUCGAGAUCAGGAGCUUUGAUUACAUGGUACAGAUCACGGUUAGACCAAGUGCGACUCUCAAGAAGAGCGUGAUUUGGUUUCUAAUUGCUGAGAAGUAGCUAAGCUAAACAUCACAACGUCUCAAUACAUGCGACUUUAGUAGGAGCUAGCUACCUAGAUGUCUCGACCCAGUAUGCCUGGACCAGGAUCCAGGUGCCAAACUGUAAUUGGUCUAGCGCCAGUAGUAAAUCCAAUACUCUGUCAUAACUGCGAGCUUAUGUUCCACCGUAG